GAAAAAAAAGAUACAGUCAUGCACCUCGCCUCAUGCUUCAACACCUCAACCUAGAUUCUCAUCACCUGUAUUUAUCAUCGAUUCAGAUUUUUAUUUUUACUAUAUUCUAGAUCUACCUAUAAAUAUAUCUUCAAACUUCCUCUGGUUAAGUUCAUUCAUUGAUGGGUGAGUAAACUUGAGCUUCAGCUUUCCACAAACACCUUAAUUUGAAGACACUGUUCUCUCAUGCUAAAAACCACAUGGACGUUUACCAUGUAAUUAGAGAGUUGGUUUCAUUGCUUGUUGUUGGGUUAUUAAUGAUAUGGGGAUGGAGAGCUUUAAACUGGGUAUGGCUGGCCCCAAAAAGGCUCGAAAGGUGCUUGAGACAACAGGGUUUUGCAGGGAAUUCUUACAGGUUCCUUUCUGGUGACAUAAAAGAGCUCUUAACUAUGAGCAGACAAACAAGAGCCAAACCUAUGCCUCUUAGUGAUGAUAUUGGGCCUUAUGUUGCUCCUUUUCUUCAUCAAACCGUCAACCAGUAUGGAAAGAAUUCAUUUACGUGGAUUCGUCCAAGACCAAGGGUGAACAUUACUGACCCUGAAAAAAUAAGAGAAAUAGUUAACAAAUUUAAUGACUUCCAGAAGAAUAUGUUGCCAGCAUUUUAUCAAAGUUGUAGUGACAUGUCAAGCAAAUGGGAGAAGAUGGUGUGUACAGAAGGAUACUGUGAGUUAGAUGUGUGGCCUUAUCUCGUAGAUUUGACAAGAGAUGUGAUUUCCCGAUCUGCUUUUGGAAGCAGCUUCGAAGAAGGCAAACGAAUUUUCCAAUUAUUAGACGACCAACUCGUUCUCACAAUCAAAUUAAUACAAACUGUUUACAUUCCAGGAUGGAGGUUUUUGCCAACAAAGACAAACAGGGAGAUGAAGAUGAAACACAGAGACAUAAAAGAGUCGCUUAGGGAAAUGAUAAAGAGAAGAGAGAAGGCAAUUAAAGCAAGGGAAGAGAGCAAUGAGGACUUGUUGGACAUACUUGUGGAAUCCAAUAUCAGAGAAAUGGAAGCAAAGAAUAUGGGGAUGAGCAUUGAGGACGUGAUUGAGGAAUGCAAGCUGUUUUACUUUGCUGGCCAAGAGACCACUUCGGUCUUGCUGGUGUGGACUAUGGUUUUAUUAGCAAGGUAUCCCGAUUGGCAAAGUAAAGCAAGAGAGGAGGUUUUGCAUGUUUUGGGUGACAGUAAACCUGAUGCUGAUGGCCUUAAUCGUCUCAAAGUUGUAACAAUGAUAUUGUACGAGGUUCUAAGGCUGUACCCACCAGUGAUUGAGCUAGGACGUUCCGUUCCAAAAGAAAUAAAACUGGGAAAUUUGUUGUUACCAGCAGGAACAGACGUUUUGGUUCCAAUCCUGCAGAUCCACCAUGACAAAGAUCUUUGGGGCGACGACGCACGGGAAUUUAAGCCAGAGCGGUUCACGGAAGGGGUUUCCAAAGCAACAAAGAGUCAAGUCACGUUUCUGCCAUUCGGAUGGGGUCCUAGGAUCUGCAUUGGCCAAAACUUUGCCUUGAUGGAAGCCAAAAUGGCGAUGGCUAUGAUUCUCCAACGCUUCUGGUUCGAGCUUUCCCCUUCCUAUGCUCACUCUCCUUACAGCAUGGCAACUCUUCUUCCACAGCAUGGUGCACAGAUAAUUUUAUAUAAACUUGGCUCUAAUUGAAUUGUUAUGUAAACAAAUCUUUGUGAAAAUAUAGCGUUUUAGUGUAUCGUCAAAGUCCGGUGUCUGUAAUGGUACAAUUCCGAUGCAGGAAUAGUAAAUUUUGAGAUGUUUGGUGAAGUCCGAAAUAA